AUGAUUUUCUGUCGCAAUGACACCAUCGUGCAGGAAGCCGUUCCACUAUCCAUUGGUGAACGUGGCUAUGUGAUCAACGAUGCAGACGUGGCGGCUAAUUACAGCCGAUAUCGCUACUACAAUCGACUGGUGGAACCAGCGUCCCAAAUCUUGGCAAUUCCAGACCAUGUACUACCUCCGUAUUUCUUUGUGCCUUUUUUCAAUACUCAACACGAAGAGCAAAGCAGUUUUGUUACGAUUUUUGCUAUUUGGAAUACAAUGAUGGGAACUUCGUUGCUCAGUAUGCCAUGGGCAAUUUCUCAGCAGGGUUUUGUGGCUGGCAUCUUGCUGAUAGUCGCGAUUGGAGGACUUUGUCUGUACACUGCCUACAGAGUUCUCAGCAGUCCACAGCUCAUCAGUUCAUCUGGGGAGCACAUAGAGUUUUUUGGAAGUCUGCCACACACUGCUGGGAAAAUGGGGAGAGAGAUUAUCAUUAGCCUUUUCCAUGCUUCCACUAUUGGGGGCCACAAUAGUCUUCUGGGUUCUCAUGUCUACUUCCUUUCGAACGUAGCUCUUUACAUUUAUGAUCAUGUUGCUGCCAAUGAGCAUCUUGAAACGCUUGAGUCAAGUGGCCUAAUCUGUGGAAAAGCAAAUGCAGUAUCGCAGCGUUAUGUGGGAUUUAGCUCGUCGUUGCCGUCAAACUCGUCUUCAACAUCGGUCAUCUUAACCGUUUUGGAGAACCAGGCCACGAUGCCCGUUGUACUCGUCGUUUUGCUCUUUCCGCUCAUCAACCUCAAGUCACCCUCAUUCUUCUACAAGUUUAAUGCGCUUGGUACCAUAUCUGUUUUCUACCUCCUCAUCUACAUCCUUGUCAUGUCUUUUAAAUGGGGAAUAAACGUAAACUUCGUCGAUAAAGAAGACGUCUUCUAUGCCCCAAUGAUACAGAAAACGCUUCCAGCGCUGACGGGAAUCCUUUGUCUUUCAUACUUCAUACACAACUGCGUAAUAUCCAUGAUGAGACAUCAGAAGAAUCCACAAAAUAAUGUACGUGACCUAUCAAUAGCGUAUGCGUUAGUCACCGUGACAUAUCUGCUCAUCGGUGUGACAUUCUAUGUGUCAUUUCCGCUCGCGAAACAGUGCCUCGAAGAUAAUCUUCUCAACAAUUUCCCAAAUAACGACGUGAUGGCUUUUGUGACGAGAAUAUUUCUGCUGGUCCAGUACACAACGCUCUUUCCAAUGGUUGCAUAUCUCUUGAGAGUGCAGUUUAUGCACUGGAUGUACAACAGCAUCUACCCUGGGCUGAAGCAUGUCCUGAGCCUGAACCUUGUUGUUGUCACCAUCUGUGUCAUCUUUGCCAUAUUUCUGCCCCAGAUUGGCACAAUUCUCAGAUACUGCGGUGCAUUAUCAGGUUUAGUGUACAUAUUUUCGCUGCCUUGCCUCAUCUACAUGGUGGCGUUACGCCAACAGAAACGGCUUACCGUCGCCAAAGCCAUCUCUCAUAGUUUCAUCAUUGUACUUGGAGUGGCCAAUUUUGUGUCUCAGUGCUUUUUAGAGUACCUGUCAGAUUAAUGACAGACAGUGUGGUAGACACAGUUAGAAAGACAUGUUUCUCCAAAGAGUUAUUGUAAAUAAUCAUAAAAAUUGUGUACUGUGUACACUAGAUUUCAGUUGCAGUGCCUACUAUAAAGUAUUAUUCAUCGCAUGCAGUGAUAUUACAAAUUAGCUGUAGCAGUACCUGACAAAUUUUGAAGCUAAGUUUCACAAGAUGAUAGAAACAGAGGAAAGUUGCUCUAUGCUAUGUACAGUGUUAAGUAAUGCCUCAUCAACUGUGCCUUCAUGUUUGUGUAAAUCAAGACACACAGAGAACUCGGGGCUAGACAUAUCAGUUUGGAUACUCACUGUACAAGUAACAUUUAGUGUAUAUGUAGAAAUCGCAGUAAUUUCAUGUGUGCUUUGCAUACAUGUAUGCAUACUGAGGCAGAAAUAUGUAUCAUGUAUUGUCUUUUAAAUUACUUAUAUUUAGUAUAUUUUAAGCUGUGUUCGACGUAAAAUGCUCACUGGGAGCACAUAUGUACUGUGAUGGCUUAUUAUUUACACGUUAUUUUGCAUUGAAGUGAUAGAGGAUACAAAUGAAAUUAAUGGUUUUGAUUACCUUUUUAUGAUUGUGGUUGAGAUUUUUUAUUGUGGGUGGCUGUAUUGCUACAGAAUUGAUUUAUUAUUGCACCGUUUUAAUCCUAGUGUCAGUCUGUUUAAAUAGUAUUUGAUUGUGCAGCUGAAAUAAAAGUGUGAGCGCCUGCU